AUGACUCAUGCUAGGCUUGGUACAGGAUUUCUCCAUGCUGAUCGUCCCGCGAUAAUGAAAGGUAAGGUUCAACCUCAGAUCAGGUCGAAAAGCAAGGGUCCGCAUAGUGUUACUACUUCCUCCACUACGCAAAUAAACAAGUACUCCAGAUCGCUCAACCCCGCUUUUAGUUUCAAUGUACAGGUGGAAACUCCUAAAGGAAUGCUUUCGAAAGCCUAUGAUUGUCAUGGAGCUUUCCUUGGCAAUGCGGCAUCAAAAGUUGGUAAUUAUGAGCUGUCUAGAGGCAAUACCACUCAAAGAAAAGGAAGGCCGCUCAUUAAUUCAGUUGGGAAGAUGAGCCACGAUCCUCCAGGCGACCCUUUAAUGUCGCAUUCGUCACGCCGGCUCCGGCGUCUAUACGAACCUCUAUCCCUACUUCAGACGCUGGGAAAUGUUCGAGGUUUGCGUAUCAGAGCCUGUGACAUACCGCAGGAUAAUUCUGGUUUCAACGCCAUAAAAAGUCAUAGGUCAUUUGUGGAUGCACUUGCCUACGCCUGCGCAUACAAGAAGGAGCCUGCCUAUGUGACCGCGGUCGCGUUGGAAAAGAGACCAGAAGAAAUAGUGGUUUGGCUAGCAGCGAACAAGAAUGUGGAGGAAACCGUUGUCAGCUUUGCUCAAGAUGUCUUGAGAAUUGUACAAUGGCUGGCAAGAAACCCAUCGGCUCAACUGAGCACCGAAGAUGGCCAAAGAUCCCUUAAUCUUUUGACGAGCAGAGUCUUGCACUUUAAUGCCCCCAAAAUCUAUGCUUAUUAUGAGCAAAUUGUGAGGAAAGCUGCGCCUCCAGUAAUAGCAAAGCUUUCUAAUGGGCAGCAUGAAGGUAACCCUGAUGUUGCCAAUCUCAAAAAUUGGCUGUCCCAGCACCUGCAAAGGGACGGUGUACAACUCCAAGAAGUGGAUAUGGCGAAAUUGGCCGUCAUAAGUCACAACUCACGAGAUACCUUCGAGGUCCUCCGAGACCUAGCCAUGGAAUCACAUGAGUCUCACACUUUUGAGCGGCUCUUUAAGCUGCUCAGUAAACUUGGGAAGCAUGUGAUCAUGAGCAAACGAAUAAUCGAAGGCGCAAUAUUCUUACGUUCAGACUUUGCAAGAGGGAUGAGACUCGAGACAGUUCCUGCGUCUCGAGAGCGUCCCCUUCCCUUUUCGCCCCGCAAGUACAAUAUCGAAGGCAUUAGCAACCGGAUGUUCUCUAGUGAUUCAGCAGAGAAGCAGAGGUUUCUUGCCCGUCUGCGGACAAUUUGGGAUACAAAAGAAUGGGACAAGAACUUGGCUAAGGAGCACCUCCCGGGUAAAAGCAUUGUGCAUGCUGAAAUAUUGAUACUCGAUCAUUUUGAGAAGACCGGUGGAGAUUUUCUGAAUAAUUCGGACAAGUAUAUCGGAUGCAGCAAGCCUGCCUGUUAUCUUUGCUAUCACUAUAUCUGCAAUCACCCAGGCCGUUAUAUUCGCCCUUCAUCUCACCAGAAACUUUAUAUGAGGUGGCGCCUUCCCGACAUCAGCGAAACAGAACCGAACGCCGCCCCCCGUUUCAGAAACCAAGAGCAGAUUCUCAAUAAUCUGAUCGAUCUAGUACGACGGGAAUUGAAGAAUGACAUUGAAACUGGAGUGGGCAAGAUGAAGGAAUGCCCUGACUCAACAGCAGGAGGAACUUCGAACAUGUUUGAACUUGAGACAGGACUAGAGGCCGACAUGGGUUCUUUAUCUUUCCAAGAGCUCCGACACCAAAUUGACCCCGACUUCCAAUACGUCGUUAUUCCCGACCCAGUCAGCAGUUCUAGUAGUGCCUCUAGCAUUCACUCGCGUUCUAGCGCGGAUACUGCUGUGUCUGAAGGGGAUGAAGUUGAAUACGAUAGUGACGGGGGAGUAGUUGUCUAA